AUACAAGAACCCCCGUUUCAGGCUGAUGAAGAAGUACCUCCUGUCCUCAACCUGUCUUUUAUAACAAACGCACGUCCCUCAGUUGUAAUGGACGUCGCCGUCUCGACCUUGGCUAGUGCGUUGGAUCCCAAUGGAAAGCGCGAUGUAGCUCAUCGGUGGUUAUUUCCCGAGAUGGACGAUUUGCAUCUCAAUCUUCCCGUCCCUUCCACACCGCCUAAUAUAACAGGAGAGGUUUGGGUCGACAAUGGCUUGAAUGCGGAGCAACGGUUCGCCGCUUCUUGUAUAUCAAAAUAUCAAUCGCCUGUCCCGUUUCUUAUCAGUGGUCCUCCGGGUACAGGAAAAACACGGUAACGAACCGUCGUGGAAACCGUCCACCAAAUCUUACAUACUCAGCCAGAAGCACAUAGCUUACUUUGUGCUCCUUCCAAUUCCGCUACUGAUACUUUGGCACUACGACUUGGAUCAUCUCUCAAACUAGGAGAUAUGCUCCGACUAAAUGACCAGAACAGAACCUUUGCGGAGGU